GUGAAGGAGUACUAUUUUGCAGCUCCAGCAUCGACUUCAUUCCCACUUCGAUAUCCCUCGCCACUUUCCUCUGUCCCCUACGCGCUCCCGAUCCUCGCUACUUAUCGGAUCACCAUGAUGGCCCCGCCGAUACAGCUACAUUGAACAGUCACCGGGAUUCUGAUGCCGCCAUGAAGAUGAGGAGCUCUGUCGUGGACGAGGUCGAGUUCUACGAGUCGCUUGAUCGAAUCCUUUCCUCCUCUUGUUCUUCUACCUCUGCAUCUGACGACGAAGCCGAUCACCGUCAUCGCCACCGCUUCCCGCCCCCAUCGCCGGCGGCGGUGGCGGCUGCCUAUGAGGUAUGGAUCGCGGAGCCGGGGCCCGUUGAGGAGCGGCGAAGGCGGCUUCUUCAAAUGAUGGGGCUUACAGGCGAUAAGGCACUCUCACGCGGGAAACCCCCAAUUGCGAUCGUGAAUUCCGCUGAAAUUCCCUUGUCGGUUUCAUACAAAGAAGUCUAUCGGCGAAUGGACCAGUUUUCUUCUUCUAUCCUAUUUUCUCGAUCUAGAUCCGAUGGCGACGUCGAUUCCUCCGCUGGGAAUCGGCAGCUUCUCGUGCCGCCGCGAUCUCCCGUUGUGCUAGAUGUUGGUGAUGACCCGCGGUGCACCAUUAGGAAUCUGGACACGGGGAGGGAGUUUGUGGUGAAGGAGUUUAGGGAUGAUGGAAUGUGGAAAAAUCUAAGGGAGAUAGGUACGGGUCAGCAGCUGACCAUGGAGGAGUUCGAGAUGUGCAUGGGGAGAUCACCGAUUGUUCAGGAGCUCAUGCGCCGGCAGAGUGUACAUUAUUGCGGCGCUAGUGCUGGUGGCCAGAUCUCUGGAGAUGGCAUGGAGAUUAGGUUGAAGAAGAGGAGGAGCUGGCUUAAGAGCAUCACGAAUAUGGCCGGGAUUGCCGUGCACCAAUUUGAUAAGCGGAGCAGCGAUGAGAGGGACUCUUCGUCGGAGAGAGGGAGGAGAUCGAGUUCAGCCACUGACGAUAGCCAGGAUGGAUCCGAUCAUCUUUUCCAUGGCGCUGAGCGAAUCAGAGCUCGGCGGUGUGGGAAGUCGUACAAGGAGCUUAGUGGGCUUUACUUGACUCAGGAUAUUCAAGCGCAUACUGGAUCGAUAUGGAGCAUUAGGUUCAGUUUGGAUGGGCGUUAUCUUGCCAGUGCAGGAGAGGACUGUGUAAUCCAUGUUUGGCAGGCAUUAGAGCGUAAGCGCAAAGGAUGUCUGGAAAUGGAAGGAGCAACAGGGGAGAAUGGGAACGGUAAUGGAUAUAUAACGGCAUUCAGUAAUGGGACUCCUGAAGUUGCAUUUGCUUUAGCUUGCAUGGAAGCCAACCAUUGGGAGAAAAAGAGACCUAAGAUAUCUAGUGGCAGGAAGUCUUUUAGUUUGGAUAACAUUAUUGUACCAGAACUCUUUUUUGCUCUUGAGGAGAAACCUCUCCGCUCUUUUAAGGGUCAUCUUGAUGACGUUCUGGAUCUAUGUUGGUCUAAAUCUCAGUAUCUACUUUCAUCUUCAAUGGACAAGACCGUUAGGUUGUGGCAUAUGUCUAGCAUUACCUGCCUGAAAAUCUUUUCACACAGCGACUAUGUUACUUGCAUCCAGUUCAAUCCUGUUGAUGACAGGUACUUCAUUAGCGGAUCUCUAGAUAAGAAAAUCCGGAUAUGGAGCGUAGCCGAUCGCCGAGUUGUUGAUUGGAAUGAUCUUCAUGAAAUGGUGACUGCUGCAUGUUAUACGCCUGAUGGAAAGGGUGCUUUGGUAGGAUCGCACAAGGGGAGCUGCUACUUGUAUGACACAACAGAUAACAAGUUGCAUCAAAAAACUCAAAUUGACCUGCAAAACAAGAAAAAGAAGUCGAGCCACAAGAAAAUUACUGGUUUUCAGUUUGCUCCCGGGAGUAACACUGAAGUUUUUGUUACAUCUGCUGAUUCACGAAUACGCGUUGUUAACGGUGUCCAGCUAGUCCACAAAUUGAAAGGAUUUCGCAAUACAAGCAGCCAAAUCUCAGCUUCCCUAACGGCAAACGGAAACUACGCCGUCUGCGCGAGCGAGGACUCUCAUGUUUACGUCUGGAGUCACUGUUUCGAUCCCCAACCACGUCCAAAAUGCAAUGGCAGCAAGAACAUCACACAAUCCUAUGAACAUUUCCAGUGCCGCGACGUAACGGCGGCCAUUCCUUGGCCAAACACCUGCAAUUUGACCCCAGGAUCAACUCCUCCCGGCGGAAACCAGAAUAGCUACGGCGCCAUUGAUUCUCCCGGUCAAGCUAUCCCUAACUCGAGCGCCGCCAAUCUCUUCGGCGAUAGAGCUUCGGCUACAUGGCCGGAAGAAGAGCUGACGGUUUCCUCCACCUCGAGCAGUCCUCGCAGUGGAACAGAUCCGAAAAAUGGAGGAAUUCAUCUACUGAGAAACUCGGCUUGGGGAAUGGUUAUUGUGACUGCUGGGAGGGGAGGCCAAAUCAGAACGUUUCAGAAUUUUGGCUUUCCUGUAAAAUCAUAAGCAAGCUAAUCGAUUCUGUGCAUAGAGAAGAUGAUUCAGAUGCAUAUAUGGUGAGGAAUUUGUAAUAUUCAGAUGUUUAUUAAUUAUUAUGAUUUUUUUUAUUAGUGUACGAUAAAGCUGGUUAGAAUUUUCAUUAGCUCUAAAUAGUGAGUGGGCUGAAGCAAAAUUUAAACAAGAAAUUACGUAGAAGACUUCAAAUAAAAAUUUGUGUUUUUUAUUGGGUGUCUUUCAGGCAUCAUAAAA